GCAGAACAAACUGUAAGCUGCUGGCGGAUCCAUCUUGCUCGAAAAAAGAGGCGAGGGUGAAGGCUUCUUUCAGUUUAGUAGCUCAAAAAACUGUAUCGUCCCCCGUUCAGCGCGCUGGGGAGCCCGCGGAGGGGCUGUGUCGCUGUUUGUAUGAUGUCCCGACAUGAGGGUGUGAGCUGUGACGCGUGUUUAAAAGGGAACUUUAGAGGAAGACGGUUCAAGUGUUUAAUUUGCUACGACUACGACCUGUGCGCAUCGUGCUACGAGAGCGGAGCCACGACAACGAGACACACCACAGAGCACCCCAUGCAGUGUAUAUUAACCAGGGUAGACUAUGACUUGUAUUAUGGAGGAGACACUUUUUCAGUAGAGCAACCCCAGUCAUUCACAUGUCCUUAUUGUGGGAAGAUGGGCUACACAGAGACGUCCCUACAGGAGCAUGUCACUUCGGAGCAUGCAGAGACUUCCACAGAGGUGAUCUGUCCAAUAUGUGCUGCCUUGCCAGGCGGCGACCCCAACCACGUCACAGAUGACUUUACAGCUCACCUCACACUCGAACACAGAGCGCCAAGAGAUUUAGAUGAGUCCAGCAGUGUUCGGCAUGUACGCAGGAUGUUCCACCCUGGACGGGGACUGGGCGGCCCUAGAGCACGGCGGACAAAUAUGCACUUUACUAGCGGCUCUACAGGGGGACUCUCAUCCUCCUCAUCACAAAGCUCCACUUACACCCCCAGUAACAGAGAAGCAAUGGACCCCAUUGCAGAGUUGUUGUCUCAGCUGUCAGGUGUACGGCGUGCAGCAGGGGGGCAAAUAAACUCAUCAGGGCCUUCAGCCUCCCAGCUCCAGCAGCUCCAGAUGCAACUGCAGUUGGAGCGGCAGCAGGCUCAAGCAGCACGACAGCAAGUGGAGACGGGCCGCCACGCCACACGACGCAGCAACAACCCAGGCAACACUGGCAACACCAUCCCUCCACCCAGCACAGCCACUGCCAACUCUGCCACCGUGGGUGAAAGCAAUCCCUCGUCCUCGUCCCACAGCUCCCAGUUCCUAUUAGCACGGUUGAAUGAACCUAAGAUGUCCGAAGCAGAGCGGCAGUUUCUAGAAGGAGAGCGCGCAGACCGCAGCCUGUUUGUCCAGGAGCUGCUCCUGUCUACGCUGAUGCAUGAAGAGAGUUCUUCCUCCGACGAGGACGAACGCCGAGACUUCGCCGACUUCGGAGCCAUGGGCUGUGUGGAUAUCAUGCCUUUAGAUGUGGCGCUGGAGAACCUCCAGCUCAGAGAGCGCAGCUCUACGGGGAAGGAGCCUCCGCCGCCUCCUCUUUGAUGUCCGAGCAUCAAGCAGACUGUGUCCUCUGUGUUGCAACUGUCAGUGAUGGGCAGCGAACAGCAGCAGUCCUCCCGGCCUCACCCUCCUCUCUUCCUCCCUCCUCUAUUUUCUGAGUUUGUUUUUGGUGAUUGUAAUUUCAGGCCUGUCACCAUUUUUGUUACAUUGUAAACAAAAAUAAAUGAGAGCAAGUGCGAUAAAUGUGCGAGUGCGCAAUAGCAACUGAGUGAGCGAGCGAGAGAAGAGAAAUAUAUAAAUAUAUAUAAAAUAUAUAUGAAGUUGAUAAUCAAUCCACAUAACUUUUUUUUUUCUUUAUCAGGUUAAUGUUACAGGCAGUUGUGGCAGACCCUUGCUUCCUGUGACAUGCAAACGGCUCUCCGUAUAAAUAAUCCACAUUCAAAAGUCAAGAGGGCAUAGGCGCCUCUGAUGAAGCUGCUGUGUGUGUUUAUGACUAUUAAUAAAUAAAAAGUGCUUGGAUGGGUUACCAUAACUACUGCAUGCAGUUAUUUGCAGCGUGCAUGACUUUUAAUGACCUUGUCAUUAAAAACUUUUUUUUUUUUUUUAAUAUCCCAAAGCUUUCAACUGUUUUUAAAUGGUUAUUUCGAGUAUUGAAAAAUGGAGUAGUUUACAAAACUGACAUGCUGAAAUUUAACGUCUAACAAUAUAUUUUGUUAGGUUCUCUUUUUGAACAAGUACAAACAAUGAAGAGGAAAUAGUUGGGUUCUGCGGUAGCUUCUGAAGAAGUGCUGCAUCUUGUCUCUCAGCUCCAGAUUGUCCAGAUCUGACUGUUUGAAUAUGUCGAUCACUAACGGGCAGCAGAGCUACGACUACUAGGAGCUGAAGAAAAGAGAGCUUGCCUCUGAAUAUUUCCUAGAUGUUUCUGUUCAGUGAUAAGCUGUGUAGACACCAUAUAGUUCAUAAUUUAUAGAUAAGUGCAGACGCCCAACUCUGUCCAUCGCUCGUUCACACUAUUUUCUGACGUUCACUCUUCUUAUGUACAGGCCAGUGUCAGACCACAUGCUUUAGAUGGCUUGUAUGAAUCAUUUCUUUGCUGGGUAACAGGAGCUUGAGACUUUCCACACUGCAGUUUUGUUUUAUUUUGUUUUUUUUCUGCUAAGGAUAGCACUUUCUAUUUAUUCAUGUUUGUUUUCUGAUUCUUUUUGAGCCUUGAUAAUGAAUCAUGCCACCUUCAUGCCUAUACUUUUACCCUCCUGUGUAAAAUACAAUAAGAUGUAUUUUGAA